AAUUAUUAAGAAAAUAUACUUAGUCUAGUGUCUUGAACAAUGAGUAAUCAACGUACUCUGGAAACACAACAUGAAGAUAUGAUUCAUGAUGCUGUUCUGGAUUAUUAUGGGAGACGCUUAGCAACAUGUUCUUCUGAUAAAUCUAUUAGGAUUUUUGAGAUUGAUGGUGAUCAACAACGACUUGUAGAAACAUUAAGAGGUCAUGAUGGUCCAGUUUGGAAUGUUUCAUGGGCACAUCCUAAAUUUGGAGUAAUUUUGGCUUCUGGCGGAUAUGAUGGUCGUGUUAUUAUUUGGAAAGAAAUAAAUAAUCUAUGGAGUAAACUUGCAGAACACACAUUUCAUCAAGCGUCAGUAAAUUCUGUAAGUUGGGCACCUCAUGAAUUAGGUGCUAUACUUGCAUGUGGAUCUUCAGACCGAAGAGUUUCUGUUCUAGAAUUUAAAGAUGACGGCACUUGGGAUACAAGAACAUUUCCUGCACAUUCUGUAGGAUGUAAUGCAGUUUCAUGGUCGCCAUGUACACCACCUGCAUCUCUUAUACGAACAGGGAAAGAUCAAGAUUUAAACUUUUUUAAAAAAAUUGUUACAGGAGGUUCAGAUAAUUUGCUGAAAAUAUGGAAUUUUAGCAAUGAGCAAAAUAAUUGGGUGAUUGAAGAAGUAUUAGAGGGGCAUACUGAUUGGGUAAGAGAUGUGGAUUGGGCACCUAACAUUGGUUUACCAAAAUCUUAUAUUGCAUCUGCUUCUCAGGAUAAAACGGUUAUUAUUUGGACAAAAGAAGGAGAUGGUCCAUGGAAGAAAACAUAUUUAUCUGAUGAGCCAUUUUUAGAUACCGUAUGGCGAGUCAAUUGGUCGCUUUUAGGUAAUAUUCUUGCUGUUAGUUGUGGCGAUAAUCGUAUAUAUUUAUAUAAAGAAACACUUAAAGGAACUUUUAAACAAAUUAAUGAGAUUACAGUUUGA